AUGUCCAGAGGCAGAGGCUCCGGCAACUAUAGAGGCCGGGGUAGAGGCCGGGGAUCAUGCAAGCCCAACGUCCGCGUGCUAUACCACGACCACUUCGAAUCACCCAAAGAAGACGAGCACAAUGUCAGCCCUGCAUGGUUUGAGCAACAGAAGCAGCGUCAUUCCCAGAACCAUGACCCAAGCCUUCGUGACUGGCUUGCUACGGAGGUCGACGCGUUGAAAGCAUACCACGAUGGCCACAUGAAUGCAGAUGAGGCGGCAUUAUCCAUGACACACCCAAUUUCCACCUCGCCUGUACCAGCAUUAGGAGGCUAUUCUGACGAGGUCCUCGCUGCUGAUGACUUAUGGGGACUCAUCAUAGACGCCCUCAUGGAAUGGCCACCCACACGUGUCCCAGACAUCUUUACGCUACUGAAUGCGAUCGGAAAGGUGCCGGGUUACAUCCACCAAGGCGAGGCUCUUGCUGCGGGGAAAAAGCUCCCAUGGGCACGAUUCUCGUACUUCGGCAUGGCCUGGCACGAGAGGGCUCUCUCAGACAUCCAUCCAGGCCAAAUUUGCCGGCAGUAUUCCGAUUCAACCUUGGUCGAAUUGGGACGGAAAUCUUAUUUGAAGAUGAAGGACCUCGAAGCUCAGUUGUAUGCGAAUCACGUGUUUAGGGUCGAUGGGAAAAUGAUUCGAUUCAUCAUCUGGGCGCUCGAGAAAGAGAUCGACCAGAGCGACGAGCAGCUUGCUCCAGAUGAAGCUACUGCUUAUGAUCAAAUCAAGCUUGACUGGCAUAUUCCCGCCGUCUCAUUCAUGUUCAAGUACAAUGGGAGCGAAAUCUACGACGAAGUUGUGACGAAAGGAUUGGGGGAUUUGACAAUGGGUCGACUGCCAGAUGAAGCAAGGGAGUUCCAGAAUGGAGCUGAGCGAUGGUCGUUUUGGAGGAGACGUCUGGAGGAGUUGUCUCAAGGAGAUUUCGAUGACGAGGUAAAGGCCGCUGCACAGGCAAGCUUGGAGUACAUGUCAUCGGUCGUUUAG